AGUGAUUUAAUGAGAGAAAACAUAAAACCCAGAAAUACACAGAGUUUUCAAAACUAGGUCAUAUCUUAUUGGAAAUUACGUGCAAGUCCACAUGAUCAAAACCCACCUUGGCUCGGUGGCAGAAGUAACACUUUACAUGCAGCUCUGUAGUGCUGAAUCUUGGAUGCUUUAUGUUUUGUUGUUUUUCAGGAUCAUGGACGGCUCUGUUGCCAGCACGGAUGAGAUGUUGCCACCCACUAUUCAGAAGCUGAUGAAGGGAUACAACAAGUACCUUAGGCCAUUCUUUGGGAAUGGUCCUGUUACUGUAGGGAUGAGUCUGGAUAUUGCCAGCAUAGACACAAUAUCAGAAAUCAACAUGGAUUACACAGCCACCAUCUUUCUCCGUCAGCGCUGGACAGAUGAACGCUUGUGUUUUGAUGGCAAUAAAAGUCUGAGUUUGGAUGGGAGACUGGUGGAGCUCCUCUGGGUCCCAGACACAUUCAUUGUGGAUUCCAAGAAAUCCUUCCUGCAUGACAUCACUGUCGAAAACAGACUGAUCCGGAUAUUUCCCAACGGAACUGUGCUGUAUGCCCUGAGAAUUACCACCACAGUAGCCUGCAAUAUGGACCUGACCAAAUACCCCAUGGAUAGACAGACAUGCACCCUGCAACUUGAAAGCUGGGGAUAUAAUGUAAAAGAUGUUGUUUUCCACUGGACUCGGGGGAACCAAUCAGUUAGCGGUCUUGAUAAUUUACAGCUGGCUCAAUAUACCCUUGAGGAUCAUUACACUUCCGAAUCUGAGGCUGUUUAUGAGACUGGUAACUACCCAAAGUUAAUCUUUCACUUUAAACUCAAGCGAAGCAUCUUGUAUUUCAUUCUGGAGACGUACGUUCCUUCGAGUGCACUGGUGGUUCUGUCCUGGGUCUCCUUCUGGAUCAGUCAGUCUUCAGUACCAGCUCGCAUCUGCAUAGGAGUGACCACGGUUUUGACAAUGACCACGCUGAUGAUGGGGGCUCGUACAUCUCUGCCCAAUGCCAACUGCUUCAUCAAAGCCAUUGAUGUGUAUCUGGGCAUUUGUUUCAGCUUCAUCUUCGGUGCGCUGAUUGAAUACGCGGUCGCCCAUUUCUGCACUUUACACCAGCCAAACGCUGCCAAUGCGUACAUGUAUGGCCUGGAAAUGCAGGAGCGGGAGGAUGAGAUGAACGGCAUUGUGUCCUCCAUCAGGAGCAAUGCCCUGCGGGCUCGUAAGCGAGAAGAGAUGCUUUCCAGGGUGGGCGAUGCCAGCAGCCCUACUACUAGCAACAGCAAGGAGGAGAUAAGCACUUCUCAGCCUCAAACCCGAUGCACCACGUGUAUGUCAAAGACAUGGCAAGUCGUGCGCUGUCUGAACUGUUGCAAUAUAGAGAAUCCACACUAUAUCGAUAACUACUCUCGGGUGACCUUCCCUCUCUCAUUCAUUUUUAUCAACCUUCUCUACUGGACCUACUACCUGUACUUCUAGAGAUCCAGUCGUGUGUGUGUGUAGAAGGGUUCAUAAUGAUGUGUGUGUAUCCAUACCUCAGUACAUGUCUGCAUGUAUUUAUGUGCAAUUAAUGUACUUUGAGUAUGCAUCAUCCCUUUUUGGUAUGCAGGAUUUAUACAGAUUGGUAACAAUGUGCAUCUUCAUGUAAGUGUCUGGAAUACCUGGCCUUCAUUUUCUGAUGGAGCUUCAUUUAUUCAAACUCACAACAAAAUCAAUCUGUGUAAAUUUAUAUAUUAAUUCAUGACACAACCAUAAAAAUUCUCGAGUCAUAAUAUGAAAAUUGGACUGAAUAUAUUAUUUAAAGGGGACAUAUCAUGGAAAUCUGACAUUUUCCAUGUUUAAGUGCUAUAAUUUGGUCCCCAGUGCUUCCAUUAACCCGAAAACGUGAAAAAGAUAAGUUUUUAUAAACCAUUCUUUGCAAGCAUGUGAAAAAAUAGGUCAUUGAAAUUUGUCUCCCCCGUGAUGUCAGAAGGGGAUAAUACCACCCCUUAAUCUGCACUAUCCAACCACGACACUGCUAUUUAGUGCAGAGAUCAGCUCAUUUGCAUUUUAAAGGACACACCCAAAAUCAACACAUUUUUGCUCACACAAAGUGGCAAUUUUAACAUGCUAUAAUAAAUUAUCUAAAUGGUAUUUUGAGCUAAAACCCCACACACAUACUCUGGAGACAUCAAAGAUGUAUUUGCCAUCUUAACAAUGUCUUGUGAAAUGUCCCCUUUAAUCAUUUAUGAAUUACUGUCGACACAUGUAACCAAACAUAUGCAAUUAAUGAAACCGAAAUGUUAAAAGAAGACAAUAUGCAAAUUAAACAUUAAAAAAGUUUCACGUAGUUGACUGCUCCCAGGUACAGUAAUAACAAAUAGCUGGACCAAAGAUUUUAUGUUAACCCACCAUAACUUCUUCAAGUAUCUGAAUUUAUACAUUUCGUUUUAUUGUCGAACAAAAAAUAGCCCUUUGUCUUGUUUUUGUGUUAACUGCACAACAGGAAUCUGGCAGUUUUUAGUCCUUUGCAAGUUGACUUAUAUGUGUGAAGUUUAUGAAAAUAUAAUUAAGGGAAUAGAAGCUCUGAUUGGGAAUGAUUCUGUAUUUUUGCAUGAUAAUUUAUUCUGCUGUCCAUUGUUUUAUUUAUUUAUUUAGUUUAUUUAUGAAAUGCUCUUAUGCAAUCUAAGGCUUUCUGAUUACGAACUGCACUACAAUAUUUUUAAUAAAGACUAUUUUUGGCAAAUGCUAAAAAUACAUGUAUAUUUGCUAAUGUCACAACACUGAGAUUUAAAAGAUUUGUUGAUUCAUUUUCUGAUUGUUAAUAUCUAAAUUGCUGUUUUUUGUUUAUAGCUAGCUAUUUUAUUUUCCACUGCUAACAAAAAUAUCAUGUUUUUGUGUCAUAGAAAGUUGCCACUUUUUUCUAAAAGGUAUUCACCUAACCUCUGUGGGUAAAUAAUUUCCUAAACUGUGAAUGUCACACUUCUUGCAGGUGAAUAUAUUUUUUGCUGAUGUACAAAUGUUUUGUUUUUUUAUUGCACAGAGGUUCUGAAUUACAAAUGUAGGCUAAUAUUAAUUUCCUUAAAACGGAUUUUGUUUUGUUUUGGUAUAUGCUAACCCAAUAUUGGAAAUGAUGUUUGUCAGAUAAUGUAAAUUAUUAAUACUGUUAUUUAAAUCAUGCAUGAAAGUUGCAUAUGAAGGCAGUGAAUCGUGUAGCCGUUUUCCCAUGCAUGAAAAUUCUGAUGCACCAGUUUUUUGUUUCUAUUUGAACAAAAAAUAAACAGUUGUACAAUCUA